CGAGAGACCGCGGGAAAAUUCCAAGAGUCGACACAAACACAAAGCCAAAUAGGAAGGCAAGCCAAGUUCUCAAGCCACAAGAGCCCGGGCCGUGGCGUCCUUCCUGUCACGAGCCAAGUGCCAAAGCAGCGCUGGUGAGGACCACCCGGUCUCUAUGACAGGGCAUCACUGUUUCCCAAGAUGGCUCAAGAUUCUGUGCUUGUUUCUGAAUGUCAAUUUUGGCUGAAGAAGCUUUCUAUGUGGGAACAGGCCUCCUCCACUCUAGAAACUCAACAAGACACCUGUUUUCACCUGUCCCAGUUCCAGGAGUUCCUGAAGCAAAUGUAUGACUCUUUGAAAGAAAUGGAUUUUAAUAUAAUCAUGGAAAGAUACCCCCAAAUUGGUCAUCUGUUAUCCAAAACUUGCCGGAAUCCUUUUAUCUUAGCAUAUGAUGAAAGUCAAAAAUAUCUAAUAUGGUGCUUAUGUUGUCUGAUUAAAAAAGAGCCACAGAAUUCUAGAGAAUCUGAACUUAACUUCUGGAUACGGGGUUUGUUAUCUCAGAUACUUUCAGCAUUCAGACUUGAUACAAAAGAAGUUGGUUUUUUUACUAAAAGUCUUGGAUAUGAGCCUAUAGAUUACUAUCCUGGAUUGCUUAAAAAUAUGGUUUUAUCAUUAGUGUCUGAACUCAGAGAGAAUCAUCUUAACGGAUUUAACACUCAAAGUCGAAUGGCUCCUGACCGAAUGACAUCUCUGUCACAAGUUUGUGUCCCACUUGUUACUCUGCCUGAUUUUGAACCCUUGGUGGAGGCCCUGCUCACUUACCAUGGACAUGAACCUCAGGAAAUCCUCCGGCCUGAGUUCUUUGAAGCUGUAAAUGAGGCCUUUUUGCAGAGGAAGAUUUCACUCCCUUUGUCAGCUAUAAUCACUCUGUGGCUUCGGCACCUUCCCAGUCUUGAAAAAGCAAUGCUGCGUCUUUUUGAAAAGCUACUCUCCAGUGAGAGAAACUGUCUGAGGAAGAUGGAAUGCUUUAUAAAAGACUCAUGGCUGCCUCAAGCAGCCUGUAACCCUGCCAUAUUCAGAAUUGUUGAUGAAAUGUUCAGGUUCGCACUCCUGGAAACGGAUGGAGCCCCAGAAGUAGUAACCUCUCUGCAAGUGUUCACAAGAUGCUUUGCAGAAGCUCUGGAGAAAGAAAACAGAGAGCUGAAGUUUGCACUCAGGACCUACUUUCCCUAUGCUGCUCCAUCUCUCACUACCGUGGUGUUGCAGCAUCCUGAAGCUAUCCCUCCAGAACACCAGCUCCAGCCUCUGCAGCAGAUUUCUGCGUUGCUCAGAGAAGCAGUUGAAGGCCAGAUUUGUGGGUCCCAAGGUUAUCCCUUUGAGAGCUGGUUUUUGCUCGCUCACUUUGGAGGAUGGAUUGACAUGGCAGCUCAGCAGUUACUGAGGUUGGAAGCUGAACCUCCUGCAGCCCUGCUGUGGCUCUUGGCAUUCUACUAUAGCCCCCAGGAUGGGAGGCAGCAGAGGGCACAGACCAUGAUAGAGCUAAAGGCUGUGCUGGACUACCUCCUGACACUGCUCUCAAGUGCCCCACUCUCAGCCAUGGAUCUCCAGGUGGCCUCUGUCCAGAGCAGCAACGGAGACUCCAGAUCACUGGUAUGUGGACAGCUGGUCAGAUGCCUCAUCCUGAACUUCCUGCUCUGGGCUCCAGAAUGCCAUGCAAUUGCCCAGGAAGCUAUCACCCUUAUGGCGCACAAUGAAGAGAUAACUCAAGAGAUUAUUGGCUUUCUUCACCAGACCUUGUACAGAUGGGAGCAUCUUGGCCAUGAAGCCCUGAGGUCAGGAAAGCUAGCCAGAGAGCUCCUUCAGCAUCUGCAAGCUCAAGUGUAGCAAGAAGCACGCUGCAUGAGGGCUUGCCAAGGCCAGGGACAGGGGAUGUGACA